GGGACGACGGGGACGAGCUGCAGCGGUGCAGCCGGAAGCACGUGUUGCUGAGUGUAGCCGGCUGGCGAGUGUAUCAGUUCCUGUGGCCGGGGGCCGGCUUGUAACCGGGGCUGCCGAUGGCUUCCGCCGCGGCUCCAGCGGAGGACGAUGGCAUGGAUCAGUUCAUCGAACAGUUCAAGGGGAAGAAGUACAAAGAUGGCUUCAACGAGGAUAACUGGGAAGAGGAGUUUGACAAGAUUCCAAUGUUUAUGAAAAAGGCACCAGAAGAACUUGAUCCAAUGGAGCAUCCACAACUUGCCUGCAUCCAAUCGAUAUUGUAUGAUGAGGAUCAAUCUCCAGAAGAACUUGCAAAGACAUACAAGAAUGAGGGAAACCAGUAUUUCAAGGAAAAGAAUUAUAAAAAAGCAGUGGUCUCUUACACAGAGGGUCUGAAGAGGAAAUGCACUGACGUGGAGCUAAGUGUCAUACUCUAUACGAACAGAGCUGCGGCACAAUUUUACUUGGGUAAUAAUCGAUCAGCACUAAGUGAUGUGAUUGCAGCUCGGAAACUGAAACCAAAUCACCUGAAAGCAAUAAUCAGAGGUGCUCUUUGCUACAUUGAACUGAAGAAUUACAGUAGUGUAAUAGCAUGGUGUGAUGAGGGCCUCCAGAUUGAACCAAAAGAAAAACAACUUAUUGAACUGAGAGCCAAAGCUGAUAAACAGAUGCGUGUUGAAGAGCGUAAUAUAAGAAAGGCAAAGUUGAAGGAGAAGAAGAAACGGGUGCAAGCAGAGGCUUUAUUGAAAGCUAUCCAGGAAAGAAAGAUCAAAUUAUUUCAGCCUCCAGAGCUGUCCAGUCAAAACUCUGAUGAUGAAGAUGAUGGAAAGGAGGACAACAGCAUAUUAAAGACACUGCUUAAUGGAGUAAAUGCUGAGAACGGCCAUGUGGUACACCUGGAUGAAAAUGGCAGCUUACAUUGGCCUGUACUGUUCCUAUAUCCUGAGUAUGAACAAAUGGACUUCAUCUCAGCCUUUCACGAAGAUACCCGGUUUACUGAUCACUUAUCAGUAAUGUUUGGUGAGAACUUGCCCCCAUGGGAUACAGAAAAAAAAUAUGAGCCAGAUAAUUUGGAGCUGUAUUUUGAAGAUGAGCAGACUGGAGGUCUUUUCCUGGUGGACCCUGUGUACACCCUCCGCCAGGUGUUGAGUCAUCCCAGAUACGUCGUGAAGGCUGGCAAUCCAAGAAUCAUAGUUCUGGUUAGAGGUUCGUCGUUCUGUGAAGACUUUAUCAGGAAAAAAUCUUCAAGAAACUUAACUCAUCUAAAUUAGUAUUUGAAUUCAAUCUGCAGCAGGAAUUGACUACUUAGAAACUGAAGAAAGGGUCCUAAAACAGUCCUUCAUGCUGAAGCAGUGAGUCAUGGUACUCUAUGUUUACUCUUUUACAAUAGAGAGACUGAAUGCAGACUGGGUGAACACUUUAUGGAGCACUUGCAGGGAUAACCACAAGCUGAUUUAAUUUAUCAUCUCAUUCCCACAGUGUGGUCUGCAUUUAUAGGAUGCUGACCAUAGUGUGGUCUGCAUUUAUAGGAUGAUGAAUGCACAUUUGUGGAACUGGGUGUAUUGUCGCCACAAGGACUUCAUAUCAAAUUCUACAACUUUAGGUAAUUUGCUCCAUCUGUACCAGAACUGGCCACUUCUGCUAAUAAGUCAUCCAUCGGUGACAUGGUUCAGUUUUCUUGCUCUCCCAGCCCUGCAAUUUCAGACUUUCACACUUUGUAUUCUCACUAACUGUCCCAUUAACUAGAUGAUCUGACAGUUAACUGCUUUUUAAAAAAAAGCAAGACUAGCUAUAUGGGCCACAGUAGUUUCUUCCAGUACCCUAUUAUGUAUGAACUAUUCUAAUCAAAUAGACUAAUUUUCCAAGUAUAUCUAAAGUUGUACAUUAGUCACCAGCAUUCACUGGAAAAUUACAACAAUUUAGGAGAAUGUUCUGACAUGUAGUGAUGGGAUUCUUUACUUUGCCAUGGUCCAAAUGGAUUUAUCACUGCUUGCCUAAUCCUAUUAAAUUGCAAAGAGGAAGAAUGAAAGUCCACAUGCACAUCCAUCAUUAUUACCCAAACAAGGAUUAAGAUGGACAGAAAUACCACCUCAAUGAUACUCGUUUGCAUAUUCCAGUAAAAUAUACUGUUCAAAGUUUUCUGUAUUUCCCUAAUUUGUAUGAUUACAUACUGUAGGUGGUGCUGUUGACAUUUAAUCUAUGUGUGGAAAGGUGCAGGUGGUUUACUGCUCACCAAGGCAAAGUGGUUCACAUUCUGGUUCAAAAAUAAACUUGUCCAAGUAUUUUA